AUGAAAGUUGAACAGAAGAAUUUCUUAGAAAAAUAUUCUAGAAUUUUAAUUUUGAUAACUAAUUUGAUUAAAGGAUUAUGGUGGUUUUUCUAAGGAUUAUUUCUAGAAGGAUAAAUAAAUUAUACGCUUUUAAUUAUUGAGGUAAUAUGCUUAAUUUUGAGGAUUCUUUAGUAUUAUUUAAUGGAAAAAAGUUAUGGACUCAAUUUAUUUAUGCACAUAGUGUCUCUUUUAUAUUAUGUAGGUUAUUUUGAAACGAUAUUGAUAAAUGAGAUUUGUAAUUCAUUAAGCAUUUUAUCAAAUAGUUUAAUAAUAACUAUUGCUUAUAUUGAUUAUUUGAAGAUUGCAGUUCAGAAAUAUAGUUUCAUAUGUAAAAUAGGACUUCCUUUUUAUCUUUUAGUAAAAAGUACCAUUUAAAUUAUAAGUUUACCAAGCUCAAAAACAAUAGAAAACAUUAUCAUAAUAUUUGUUAUAUUCAUACACUAAAUAAUAGCAAAUUAUUGUUAAUUUAAUUCAAUUCAAUUUAAUCAUAUAACCGAAUAAUAAGUAACUAAAAAAUGUGAUAAUCAAGCCUCUCCUCUUACUGAAAAUUACUUGAUGCAUUCUUAAGCUAAAUCUUAACCAAGAAAUUCAUUCAUAUAAACACCUAAAUAGUGUUUCACUACUUUAUUAAAAGAUCUUCCAAAUGAAGAGAAAUUGAAAUAAUAUUCAAAUCUAACAAGUUUUUCAAAAUCUUAGAAAUUUUACAAAAGUUUAAGCAGCAUUGAUAAUUCAAAACUUUAAUUAUAUUAAAAUCUAAUCAAUUUAUUCCCUUUUGGAAUAUUAAUAUUAAAUUAGGCUUAAUAAGUUAAUUAUAUCAAUAAUAAAUGUGAAAAAAUACUGGAAUGUUAAGGAGCUUAAUUGGUAUUAGAGAAAGUUAAAACGUGUGUAAACAAUGCAAAGAUCCCAGAUGAUGAAAGUUAAUCAACAAAUAAAUAAGGGAUGAACCAACUUCAUUAUAGAACUCUAUAAUAAAUAGUAAAGAAACUAUCAGAUAGAGAAUUUCCUAUUGACAUAUUGGAUAUCAUAUUGUCACCUUCAAAAUAUCUUGCUAUUUUAGAUUAAUAUGAUAUGUAGAAAAGUAAACAUUAAUAACAAGUAUUCCAUCAGAAGAUAUUUAUUUAUGAAUGGCUGAUGAAAUCUGAGAUUAUGCAAAUCAAUUAAUAGAAGAAACUAAAAUUAAUAAUCAUACCAACUACAAUGACUAAUUAAUAAUAGGAUUACUUCUCAGCCUCUUCCUAAGUUAAAUCCUCUAGCAAAAGUCACUUCUAAUUUAGUAAUGAUUUAGAGAAUUCUGUAUUGCUUAUCAUAAUCAAAAACAUUACUAAUAAAUUUAAAUGUUAAUAAAUGAAAGAUGAAUAAAUAAUUCAUCAUAGUCUUAUUAAAUCCUUUUCUCAUGAAUUGAGAACUCCAUUAAAUAGUUGCUAAUAAAUGUUAAGUCUUAUGAAAAUUUAAGAUUCAACUUCUAUGUUUUAAGAAUAUAUAGACAUAGCUUAAUGUUCUAUUUCAUUAUUAAUUCAUUAAAUUAAUGAUAUAUUAGAUUAUGCUUCAAUUUAGUCAUAUUAAUUUUCAUAUCAUGUCACCUUAUUCGGAAUACACGAAAUUAGCGAAGAAAUAGAACAUUUGUACAAACUUUAAAUGAAAUAAAAAAAGAUAGAAUUCAAUAUUAAGAUUGCUGAAAAUUUGAAUGGUAAGCUUGUUUAAAAUGAUAAAUAGAGGAUUAUAUAAUUAUUAGUCAAUAUUUUAAAUAAUGCCUUAAAAUUUACAUAGGAAGGAGGUUGUAUUAGUUUAAAAAUUACAGAAGGUGAUCUCUUUAGCAUUAUUUUUAAAGUUAAAGAUAAUGGAAUUGGCAUAGAAGAACCAAAAUUAAGUUAAAUUUAAAAUAGUAUACAUGAUACUAUUGAAUUUGGAGCUGUAUUGAAAUCACAUUAAGGAACAAGAUAAUAAGGAUUAGGGUUAAAUAUAGCAGCAAAAUUGGUUUAAGGUUUAAUAGAAUCUUAGGAUAAUUAAUUAAUUAUAAGUUCCAGAAAAAACUAAGGAACUGUAGUUUAAUUUAAAGUUUAAAAUCUAUUAUAGAAUAAUUUAUUAUAAACUCAUUUAUUCACUUUAUAAAGUGGAAAAUUUAAUCAAUCAGUUGAUUAAUUUGAAUUAAAAGAACCUAAAAUUGAUGAUAGCAAAUUAAUCAAGUCAGAUAAUUCUAGACUUGAAAUUGAUAGAGAAUACUAAGAUUAAAAUUCAGAGACUUAUAAAAACACAUCUAGAUUAAAUGAUUUAGAAAAAUAACCUGAAAUCUUUUUGCCUAUAAGUCCUGAAUAUUUUUCUGAUAAAUUUAUAGAUUUUAACUAAAAUCUAUUAAAGUAAAAAGAUUCAUUUUUCUCAAAAAGAUAUGGUUCUAUCUGCCAAAAAUGUUGUCAUGUAUUAAUUGUUGAUGAUAUUCCAUUUAAUCAAAUUGCAUUAAAAAUGAUACUAAAUAAUCAUCAAAUUGAAGCUGAUUAAGCAUUUGAUGGAUUUUAAGCAAUUGAAAAAGUAAAAUAAAAGAUGUUAUAACAUUGUUCAACAUAUAAAUUAAUUUUUAUGGAUAUUGAAAUGCCAGGAAUAGAUGGCUUUUAAACUAGUAAAUAAGUAAAAAUAUAUAUCAUUAUUAGAUCCUUGAAUUGAUUUCUAAUAAGUAAAUUAUAGUAAUUUGUUCAGCAUAUGACACUUAAGAAAAUCUUAUAUAAGGUCAAAAGUUGGGAAUUACUACUUUUCUUCAAAAACCUGUAAAAAAAGAUGAUUUAGAGGUAGUCUUAAAAAAAGUGUUUCAAAAUGAAACAAAUUGCACUUGA